AGAUCCGAUAUAGUGAGAGAGAGAGAGGCAGCUUACGGCGGAUAAAUAUGAGCAGCAAGGUCGGCGUCGUCGGCGGCGGAGCGAGGAAAGCUAAUAAUGGAAUUCAAGAUAUUCCGUCAGGGUCUAGAAAAAUAGUACAAAGCUUGAAGGAAAUUGUAAACUCUCCUGAGGCUGAGAUCUAUGCUAUGCUUAAAGAGUGCAAUAUGGAUCCUAACGAAACCGUUAAUCGCCUCCUCUCUCAAGGCUUGUCUUCGUUGCAGUUGGCGUCUAUUAAUGAUAUUUUUUCUUCCUAUUCAGAUCCAUUUCACGAGGUAAAGAGCAAGAAAGAAAAGAAGAAAGAGACUAGGGAUAUAUCGGAUUCCCGGCCGCGUGGUGCUAAUAACACGUACAACCGUGGUGCUAGAGGUGGUUCUGAUCGUUAUCCCGGACGAAGUGGAUCUACCCAUUUCAGCUCUACUGAUUCUGGAAACUUCCAGGGAAAAUCUACAAACAAGAAAGAAAGUGGAACGCAGGGUUAUACAAGUUCUUGGUCUUCUGCUUCUGGAGUGGCGAACACCUAUCAAACACCACACAGUGAACCCGUUGCUACGGAAAAAAAAUUGCCUUCUGUUACCUCAGGAGAUGCUAUAUCAUCAUCACAGUCAGCUUCUGGACAUCAAACUGCAUGGUUUGGAGCUCCAGGCCAGAGGUCUAUGGCUGAUAUUGUGAAGAUGGGUAGACCACAGAACAAGACAACGAAGCAAAAUGCCAAUAUGCGUCCUGAGAUAAAUCAUGAGCACGAAGUUAGUGCAAAUCAGCAGGUCCCUGUUAAAGAUGAAUGGCCGUCGAUUGAGAAGCCACUGGCUCCUAGUACAUCUUCUGUAUCAGUAGCACCAGCAGAAUCAGAGGUAUGCAAUGGUCCAGCUGAUUUCCAAUCCGAGAGAGGAGAUCAAUAUCUGAAGGACCGGUUAGAAAAUAUACAUAUAGCCGAAAAUGGCCCGUCUGAAAGCCGUGGAGUCGAUCAUGUGCAAGCCGACUCUGUUCAAGAAGAUGAAUCUGGAGUUUCGUCUGAAAUUGAUGAUAAUCCAUAUCAGACACAGAGCCAUCCAGUAGAUCACCACAAAGAUGAAGAUGAUGUUUCAUCUGGUUCAGCCAGUUUUCAACAACUAGAUAGUCAUGAUCAAGCUGUCUCACAUGAAGAGGAUAGACCUGCUGUUGUAAUUCCAAACCAUUUGCUAAUUAAUACAGAAGAAUGCUCGCAAUUAAGUUUUGGAAGCUUUGGAGGUUUUGGAUCAAGGUCUUUGAGCAACAACAUAGAAGAGACUUCUGAUGUAGAUCCACAGAUUGAACAUUCAGAUGCAAGAAAUACUGAGUUUUAUGGAGAUGAACAUCUUGGAAGUACAACCAAUGGGAAUAUGGUCCACACACCUGCUACUGGAAAUUAUGAUGAUUCUUUAGAAUCGAGACGAGAGGUGUUGAAACAAGAAAACUCUGAGGGCGCUCAGGAGCACCAGUACACAUUUGCCCAGUCUGAGCAAGGGUAUGCGUAUGAAAAUGCUAAACAGCAGCAGAUGAAUACUGCAUAUGAUGCUUCACACACAAAUGCACAGAAUCAGAUGCAUAAUCUUGCUUCAUUAUCAAAUGUGAUGGGGUAUUCACAUUCAGUUCCCAACACUUUAUUGGCACAAACAGCACAAAAUGCGAGGGAACUUGACUUCCAGUAUUCACCUUUCUCUGCUCAACAGUCUAUGCAAUCAAGAACUAGCAACAAUGGCUCAUCACCUGGUGGCCAAAGCAUAUCAAUGCCAGAGGCUCUCCGAGGCAGUGGAAUUUCGGCAACACAGCCAACCCAGCAAACAUUACCUGGUGCUAAUAUCGCUACUGGACCUGCUCUUCCUCAGCAGCUUCCAAUGCAUUACUCUCAACCCACAUUGCCUCUAACACACUAUGCAAACAUGAUCGGUUAUCCUCUAAUGCCUCAGAAUUAUCCAUACAUGCCAUCUGCUUUCCAGCAAACAUUUGCUGGUAACAACGCAUACCACCAGCAACUAGCUGCAUUGCUUCCGCAGUACAAAACCAAUGUCUCUCCCGGUAAUUUGCCUCAGUCUGCAACAGCGCCUGCCUCUGGUUAUGGAUUUGGAAACUCGACCAAUGUUGGAUCUGCCGGAAACUUUCCCUUAACCAACAGUCUGCUCCUACUGCAGCAGCAACAACAGCAACAGCAACAGCAACAGAACGAAAACUCGGCGAUGUGGCAUCAUGGUCAUGGUUCCAGAACCAUGUCAGGUGUCCCGACUAACACGUAUUACAACCUCCAAGCACAACAACAACUACAACUACAACAACAGCAACAACAACAGGCUCAGCAAGCAGCGGGAGGGUAUCGCCAAGCUCAGCAACAACAGCAUUACGGAUCUCAUGGCUACCCAAAUUAUUAUCAGUCUCAAACUGAAAUGUCACUGGAGCGCCAGCAGCAAAACCCUAGGGAUGGUGGUAGUGGGUCUCAGGCUGGUCAACCGUCGAAUCAAACCCAGCAGCAGCUCUGGCAAAACUCUUACUAAAUAAAGAAAGAGAGUGGUUUUUUUCAGCUUCUUUCUUUCUGGUUAUAGAGGUUUGUGUGGGCGAGUCUGAAGAAGAACUAUGGAUCUGCACUAAAUGUAACUUAUCAUCAUCUUUUCUCUCCUCUGUUAACUUAGGGAACACCAACUCUGAUUUCAUCAAUGCAUCUUAAGAAAUGAAACCUUUUUUU